AUGGAGAAAAAUGGUAUAUUUGGAGAGAUAAUGACAACAAUGAGAAGAUACUUAUUAGUACAAUCUAAAUCUCUCAUUCAAGACUUGGAGAGUAAUAUUGUUGAAAGUUAUAAUGCAGUUGUAGCAAAAUGUAUUUCAGGUAAAAGAAUAAAUUACUCGUUGAGGCAAUCAUACACGGGACGGUGUAACGUUGCCACAGUGACAUACAAUGCAAAAAAACCAGUUUACGCUUACCACAAACUUAUACACAAUAAGAGCCCUGGAAUUUUCACUAAAAGAAAAGAAGAAAGGAUAAUGUUAGCAGCGCAGGCGACUACUUCAAGAAGACGUGGUUUAAUACGUAGACAGUUAUUUCCAGUAAAUAAGACAGUAGGACGUUCAGAUCCUUCUUAUGGGGAUAAUGCUGAAAAACCAGAUAUGGCAGAGAAUGACUUUGAAGCUGAAAAAGAAAAAAUACUUUCUUCGUUACUUUUGAACGAAGAAGAAAGGACAAUUUUAGAACGUGAAAUUGUGGAUCAGAGUCUAUCAAACAAAUGGGUAGACCGAAGAAGGAAAAUGCUCACCGCCUCUAAUUUUGGUAAAAUUAUCAAAAUGAGACAAACCACAAGCUGUCAGAGUUUUGUUCAAAAUCAUUUGUUUGGUGGAGUGACUACAACUGUCAUGGAGUAA